ACAGAGAGAGAGGCGACUCGUCGACACGUUUGCCCAGCAGCCGCACACUCUUCACUAGGAAACUCAAGAGUCGGAGAUACAAAUUGAACUGCUCCUUUGUGGUGUUCAAGGUGGAAUGUGUGCAAGUUGAAGACAUGAAUGCUUAUGUUGCUGUCUUCACAUCUGGACCUCCAUGGAGUAAAAUCCCGAACAUUACAAACCUCUCAGACUCUGGCACUUCUUCAUGGACUUUACCUUCGCUCCUACCGGACCCAAUAUCCUCCCGUCCCUCCAGUGAGAGAAUGCAGCCCAGCGAACCCUCUCACUCCCCAGGCCCCCAGCACCCGGACACCCAGCUGGACUUCUUCCACAAACUGGGGUACUCGACAGCUCAGGUUCAGGCCGUUCAGCAGAAUUUUGGCCCCAACAUGGACACAGACAAACUCCUGGGGGAGCUGGUGAAGAUCAGUGCGAGUCAGGAGGCCAGUGGGGGGCGCAAGCAGGGGCCGGUGACCACAAUGUCUGUACUGGUGCCCAGAGGGGAGCCUCAGCCUGCGGGGCCCGCUAUGCUGCUUCCUCUCGCAGUGUCAUCACCGCAGAAUAGAGAGGAGAGCCCCGAAGAGGAAGACACUCUGAGACCCAUUGUUAUAGACGGGAGCAACGUUGCCAUGAGCCACGGGAACAAGGAAGUGUUCUCCUGUCUGGGAAUCCAGCUGGCUGUGGACUUUUUCAUGGACAGAGGCCACACUGAAAUCACAGUGUUUGUUCCCUCGUGGAGGAAGGAGCAGCCUCGGCCAGAUGUUCCAAUCACAGAUCAGCACAUUCUCCGAGACCUAGAGAAAAGGAAGAUUGUGGUGUUCACGCCGUCGAGACGUGUUGCGGGCAAACGAGUGGUCUGUAAUGACGACUGUUUUAUCGUCAAGCUGGGCUACGAGUCUGAUGGUGUCAUUGUGUCCAACGACAUGUACCGAGACCUUCAGGGAGAGAAGCCUGAGUGGAAACGCUUCAUUGAGGAGAGGCUGCUCAUGUAUUCCUUUGUUAAUAACAAGUUUAUGCCUCCUGAUGAUCCUCUGGGCCGCUACGGACCGACCCUUGAAAACUUUUUGCGGAGGUUUCCUAAGACUCAGAAAAAACAACCAUGUCCUUAUGGAAAGAAGUGCACUUAUGGGAUUAAAUGUAAGUUCCACCAUCCAGAGCGAUCAAAACAGUCCAACCGUUCUGUUGCCGAUGAACUUCGGGUGAACGCUAAGCACCCCUCCACCGAUCAGAAACAAUCCUCCACUCGCUCCAGUCCUGUGCCGGGGCAGAGCCUCUCGCUGGUGGAGGAUAUGGCAAAGAAACUGACUUUGGGACCCGAGAGUGGUUCCCUAAAGAAAGAUCAUAAAAACGACCGGCUGAAGGCGAGUCACCGCUCCAGCAAGAGGGCCACAUCUAAAAAGGAGAAGCGCUUGACUCCUGACCUCAUAUCAGUGCUGCAGAGUGGCUCUCGGGAGCAGCUGGACUCUGGUUUAGGUUCAAUAGACAGUCAGCCAGUAGAGGCUCCUCAGAGUGUGUGUGAUCACCAGUAUGGGACGGCGUAUGAGAGCCUUCAGCACACCCACAGUUUGAGACAACAGUACAGUGCUCCGUGCAGCUACUGCUCACAUGGCCCUUCCUCUGGCGGCACAACGCCUGCUUUCCCGCACCAAAACCAGCAUUACAGCAUUCCUUACACGCAUCAGUACCCAAGCUACAAUGAAUACCCAGUCAGCACGCCUGCGUACAGUAAACCGACAGAUUUUCAGAAUAGCAGAGCCCACAGCCGCCAGCAGCAGUUCUGGUCUGAUCCAAUAGGGGCUCAUCGUCAGGUGGUCCAGCGCCUGCACAGGGAGAGCUCUCAGUGGGAGUCUCCUCCGGUGUCCAGAGCCAGCGGGCAGCAGAGGGAGGUUGUGCGAAAGAAGCUUCUUGCUAUCUUCAGCGUGCACUUGGUAGAUGCAGCCAUGGAUAUGUUUCCUCAGCUGAUGGAUCCACAGAUGCUGGUAGUUGAGAUCCUGAAGCUGCAGAGUGAGAAAUAGUUGCUGAGACGAGAUCUAGGGAUGGUGUGAACACAUGUCUUUAAAGGCUGAAAAGUUAAACAUAAGUUUGUGUAUUUAUGUAUUGUGGUAUCCACAUUGCUGUAUCCUUGAAUGCCUUUUUUAACAAGGGUUUAGUCCAGGCAUUAGUCCGAAGGUAUUUCCUUCACUCUCUUGUGAACGUAAGAACCUUUUUAAUGGUUUGAGGUCAGUAUGAAACAGGCCAAAACGCAGACAAAAAAACUGUGUUUAAAAAAAUACCUCUGUACAAGUGGACAAGUCCUGUAUUUGAGUUGCUUUUUAAAGCUGUUGAAUUGUAAGUAAAAUAAGAGGCAGUAUACUGUUGAUACAAAUUGUAUCUUUAUUUAAGAAUCUUAAAGGGAAAAGUGGAUUUUAAUGCCGUUAUAUGGGAUUUAAAUCCACACCCUGUUGUGAAUUCAGAAUGUACUGUAAUUGUGUGAACCUGUCAUUCUUUCCGAUAUUACUGUCAAAUUUUAUUAUGCUUAUUUCUUUAUUGUGUCAUAUUGGCAAUAUGCCUGUUAUGUUUUUACGAGAGUUGGGCAAUAAUUCACAUGGAUCCCCAUUCGGUAAAAGCUUCUUGUCGAAUAAACCACGUGUUAGAGCAAUUCUUAAUAUAUUAACAAUUAUUCCCACUGAAAAAUUAGAUUUAAAACAGAAACUGGCUUUAUAAUGCUAAGUCUUUUUAUUUUUUUCGCUUUGCUUUUUUUGUUUUUUUACUUUUUUCAAAAUGUUCUACUCAAGUGCUACAUCGCUGUCAGAAUAUUCAUUUUGAUAAAAAUGUAUUUUUUCUCUGACAUAAAUUAUGUUCUUUUGUAACAAUUGAGCUUUUUGGGAUCAGAACGAAGAUGAAAAGUAAGAAAGUAAGUAAAAAUGAAGGGAACAGUCAAACAGAAAAGUCAUCAAUAGCAUGACAAACUUGAAUUGUUUUCGUUUUUAUUAGGCGCAAAAGUAAUGGAUGACAGAUAUGAAUAAACGUCAACAUAAUUAAAUAUCAUGGUGAAUUAUGAA